AACCAGAAUUUUGGACAGCCGUGGGAAGGAAGGGGACAAGAUCUUGGAAAGACUCGAUCGGAUCGCGAACACCGUCAACCGUCAACCCCAACCAACCCAUCCCCCAGAAAAGAUCUAUAUAAAACAAGAUGGCUCGCAAAUCCACCUCCAACACGACAGCAGCAGCAGCAGCAGCAGCAGCAGAUCCCUCCUCACCCACGACGCAAUCCCCGCCCUCCCACCCAUCCUCCUCCUCUCCUCAACCCGACACCACAGCAGCAGGAACAGCAGCAGCUACACCCAAAACCAGCGGAGGAACCGUGGAAGCGACCGAACAGCAACUGAAAGCCCGCGCAGAAGCGGGCGUAGGCAUUGAGGACUACCUCCUCCCACGCUCCCUAACAAUCCGCCUGGCCAAAUCCGUCCUCCCACCCAACACCUCCAUCCAAAAGGACGCGGUAUUAGCCCUGCAGAAGGCGGCGACGGUGUUUGUCUCGUAUCUGAGUUCGCACGCCAACGAAGCCACGCUCAAACGAACGGUCGCGCCGGCGGACGUGUUCCAUGCGCUGACGGAGUUGGAGUUUGAUUCGUUCCGCGGGCGGUUGGAGAAGGAGCUGGAUGCGUUUACGGAGUUGAAGGCCGGGAAGAGGAGGGGGAAGAAGGAUGACGAUGACGAUGACGAGGAUGAGGACGACGACGACGACGAGGAGGACGGCGAGGAGGAACCCAAGGAGGAGGACGAUAUCGACCGGGUGGAGGAUCUGGAUGGAGGCGACGCCAGGCACCGCGCCAGAGUCAUGAACCCGGAUGUCGACGGGGAUGAGACCGACAGUGAGCAUGAGUCGGGGCCUGGGAACCAGCUGAGGGGGGAAAUGGGUUAAUGGAUUGUCGGAUACCUCGUGAUGAGAAGGCGUCUAAUGCUUGCAAUGUACAAAUGCGGGUUGGUACCCAAAUCAACUACUACCGUUAUCCUAAUACACCACAAUCAUCAUAU